AUGUUGUAUGAAGCCCUCCAAUUCGUCAUUCAUCUCACCUCUCUUAUCACAAUCGCACAGUCUUUCCUAUCCAGUGACAGAUUCUGCAUUAUACUUUCCUCUCGCCUGGCCUCGAAUAGGUCGUCUGUCUAUGGCAUCCCAAUUCAAACUGUCUAUCAACGUUUCUGCGGUAAAAAUUACACCCUGCACAACCGGGAACGAUGGAACCUGUUCCACUAUCUCGGAGGCAAUGGCCCGUGGAUCGAGAAGUCCAAUGCAAGAUUCGGCACUUAUGAGAUGGAAGGAAAACCGUCUAAAGGUUGUAUAGUAGACCAGCUUUCCCGACAUGCCGAAAGAUAUCCAACCAAGAAUGCUGGCGCUCGCCACCUAGCCCUUCUUUCCCGCCUAGAAUCGUAUACCCUAAACGGCUCGCUCUCCUUCCUUAACAACGGUGACUGGACCUAUUUCACACCUCCUACAUAUCCCUCUUUUGAAAACCUGACCACGACCUCCCCAUACGCUGGCACCCUCUCAGCCUUCACCCUAGGCACCAAACUUCGCACCCGCUACCCCCAUCUCUUACCCUCCCAAUCCUCGACCGAACCACAAGACACCCCCAUAAAUUUCUGGUCAGCAUCCACCCCUCGUGACAUCGAAACAGCCCUCUAUUUCGCCGAUGGGCUCUUCGGCCGCGACUGGUCAGGAUCAGGGACCUCUCCCAACAGCACCGUCCUCCCAACUGCCCGCCUCCACAUAAUCCCCGAGCAUCUCUCCCAAGGUGGCAACACCCUGACUCCGGGCCGAAGCUGCCCAAACUAUAUCACCGACGAGAUCCAAGGCCGUGACAAAGGCUACAGCAAACUCGCAGAAUGGCAAGCGAUUUUCAGCAAGCCCAUCGCUGAACGGCUUUCUGCUGAAAACCCCGGCCUGAUUGACCCUUCCGCUCUAGCUUCCAGUACAGGAUUCACCCCAGUAGAAAUAUACAGCAUGAUGGAGAUGUGCGGCUUUGAGAUCCUAGCACGCGGGUCCGACUCAGACUCGGAACUGCGCCCCAGCUCCAGCUUCAGCUCCAGCUCCAGCUCCGAAUUCAGCAGCCCCUGGUGCGGCCUCUUCACCCGCUCCGAAUGGGAGGACUUUGCAUACGCGCGGGAUCUACUGCAUUUCUAUCGUGCGGGGCCCGGGAAUCAGUUUAGCGGCGUGAUGGGUAGUUUAUGGCUAGAUGCCGUUUCGAGAUUACUCGUUCAGGAUUCGAAGGCUACCAAGGGCGGAGGUGGAAGCGGUGAGAUCUACGCCAGUUUCGUGCAUGAUGGCGAUAUAGUGCCUGUGCUUGCUGCGCUGGGGGUUUUUGACGAGGAUGACAACGAAGAUGGAGCCGGCGGGGAGGAACAGGUCAUGCCCACCGACCGUGUGAAGCGGGAGAGGAAUUGGAGAACCGGUGAUCUCGUCCCCAUGGCGGGACGGAUCAUCAUCGAGCGGCUCAACUGCCGGACCCCGCACGGUUGGCGGUAUAGGGAUGUCAGGCUGUGGAUCAACGAUGGCUGGGUUGGCUGGGUGGUGGAUGGGAGGACGGCGGAGGAGAAGAGGCGGCUGAAACGUGAGAGGAAGGUGUAUAUACCGCAGAUGGAGGUGGGGAGGUUUAGGGACAUGGUCAAGGGUAUGAAGGAGAAGUUUGGAAGGUUUGGCGAGGCUUGUGGGUUGCCCGGGGGGAUGGAGGAGAGCAUUAAGUUCUUGCAUCAGUGA